CACAUGACGGGAGCGGGGCCGGGACCGGCGAUGGGGCAGCGGGAUCGGAUGUUCAAGGUGCUGGUGGUGGGGGACGCCACGGUGGGGAAAACCUCCCUGGUGCAGCGCUACGCGAAUGACAGCUUCAACAGACACUACAAAUCCACGGUGGGAGUGGAUUUUGCUCUGAAGGUGGUGCAGUGGUCAGAAUCAGAGACAGUCAGGCUUCAGCUCUGGGACAUUGCAGGGCAGGAACGCUUCACGUCCAUGACCCGGCUGUACUAUAGGGAUGCCUCAGCCUGUGUCAUCAUGUUUGAUGUCACCAAUGUCAGCACCUUCAGCAACAGCCAGAAGUGGAAGCAGGAUUUGGACAGCAAGCUCCUGCUGCCAGAUGGGAGCCCUGUGCCUUGCCUGCUGCUGGCCAACAAGUGUGACCUUUCCCCAUGGGCAGUGACCAGGGAAGAAGUGGAUCGGUUCAGCAAGGAAAAUGGAUUUUCUGGCUGGGUGGAGACAUCUGUCAAGGAAAACAAGAAUAUUAAUGAGUCCAUGAGAGUCCUGAUUGAAAAGAUGAUGGCCUCAUCCACUGAUGGAAGUUCCUCUGCUGCUGGGACUGGGGAUUAUAUUAACCUAAAAGAGACAACCCCACCAGGCUGGGCAUGUUGUUAGAGGCACUGACUGCCCCACCUCCAUGGCUCUACCAGCAAUGUCCUUUUAUGAGUAUCAACAUCUUUUUUUUUUUCCCUAAAUUGCUGUCAAUGGUUUUUUUUUGUUUGUUUGUUUGUUUUUUUUUAACAUGAUCAGGAACUGUCUUCUGUUACCUGCAUAUUCAUACUGGCAGAGCACUGCUGCAAUGACUUGGAGUGAGGAGGGGAAUGAAGAGAGGAAUGAGAAGAUUCCUCUUCCUCCUCAUGCAGCAGCAACUGGAGCUCUGCUGCCAGUAAUGCUCCAUGGUCCAUGUUGAAGCAGAUGGCUUGGAUUAAUUAAUUUUAUUUUUUUUUUAAUUUUGAGCACUUCAUCUUCUGACAUGCCAUGGCCUGCCCCAGGCAGAACCAAGGGUAUCGAAGGAAUAUUUUUAAUAUUGUUGCACCUUUUAUUGCCCACUGCCCACCCCCACUGGACAGAGGGCCACCACCCCAAGGUGUCACCCUGACCUUCAGUUGAUGCAUGCAGAGUUCAAGCCACCUCUCUGUGCCUCUGGAUUCCCAGGGUGGGACCUCAGCAAACUCUUUACUUCAUGCUCUGGAGCUACUAACCUCUGCUGGAGAGAGCAGCACAUCUCAUCCCUGCCUCUCAUCCUCCUUGAGAUGUGGAUUAGCACCUUGUCCUGUGAAAAUCUGUAAAAUCACUAGUGGGAAUUGAAGCCAUGGUGCAGCUCCCAACCCUGACGUCCCUGUGUCCUGGCUCUGGGGGUGCUCAGCAGCAGAGACCUCAACUUCGUGUCAAGAAAUUCCCCACUUGCCUCCUGCUCAUCCCUUCACCCUCUGGCUGGAACAGCCCCACAUCUCCUGUCCUGCUGCCACUUUUUUGGGGCCCUGAGAGCUGACUGAGGAACAGGUUGUAAACUCCUUGGGAUGGCAGCAGCAAAAUCCUUUUCACUCUCAGCACUCCCUGCAUCCCCCCAUCUCCAGGAGCCCUGCAAUUCCUCAGGGAUUGCUUGCCCAGGGCUAUUCCGUAGCCAGGAGGGAGUUUGGGAGCAGGGAUGGGGCAGGAAUGGCCACGCUCUGAGAGCCUCCCCUCUGCUUUUAGUGGUGCCAAAAGGGGGGGGGAGCAAAGGAGAAGACUCUGCAGGACAGGAGGAAAUUAAGGGAACUGCUCCCCAGGUGCCUUUGGGUGCCUGCACUCCCCAGGCAUCCCCAGGUGCUCCGGGUGGGGAAGGGUUCUUGCCAACAACAGCAAAAAAUUGGGAAAAACACACGAGGUAGUUAUGUCAGGAACCCCAGCCUGGAGGGCUGGAAUGAUUUGGGAGUGUUUUGUGCAUUUUCUAUAAGCACAGCACGUGACAGAAUUGUCUUCCUCAUGUUUUAUGUGAGAACAAGUGGUCUGCAAUGAUUUUAUCCCUUUCUCACAGAGUUUCACUUGAAACUGGGGUUCUAAGUUGGUUUGUCCUGAUUUCCUGCUGAAUUAGGACUGCUUUUCUUUGGCCAAGUAUUUUUUCUGUCUUUCUUACUUGAUAUAGGGGGGAGAAGGCCUUAAGAACAGGAACUGAUUGCCUUCACUGUGCACAAAAAAAUCUGAGUUUUCAUUCUCUGGAGCUGAAAAUGGGUAAGAAAGAGUAAGGUCAGGGAAUUCAGAAGCAGUGUUGUCUUCCACUCUUUUAAUUAAAAGCUGAAGUGGCUGGGCUGGGAUUCUCUUGUUCAAAUACUGCCAAAUGUUGUUUUAUAGGUGCUUAAAUAUACCCUUUUCUGUGCCUUUGGAUUCACUGUAGAAACACGUGAGAUGCAGAACUGGUGAGCAGCAGCAGCACUGAACUUUCUUGUUGAAUUUUACUUCCUUAACAUUGUGUUAAAAACCUUUUUAAUCCCAUCAAUAUCUGUAGCUCUGUGUGGAGUGUGGGCAGGAGGGUCCAAUUUCAAUAUUUACCUGUGUCUCUGGGAUCUUUGGACCUCUUAACCUGGACCUUUUUUUUCCUAAGUGCCUCUCAGAAACAAGCAGAAAGCCCCAGGGAGGGCUUUGCAGACUUUUCUUCUAUUCAACAUUUCUGUUCUGCCUGGUGGUUUCCUGUACCCAUGCAUGCUUUGGGUUGGUUUUGGGUUGUUUUUUUUUUCCUUUUCCUCCACUGCUUACUGCUUGUUAACAUCCUACUAGACACAGCAGACAAGUGUCAAAAACCCAAACCUGCACAACAGAAACAGGAGAUUGGGGUAAAAACCCCAACCAGACAGGAAAACGAUUUUCCUGUGCAGAUGUGAGUGUGUUCUCAGGGCUUUCUCUGUGGCACAGGAGGUGCUUAGGAAAGCAAAAGAAAAUU